GGUGGUUCAUGAAUACGUCUUCCAAACUGCACACAUAUCGUCGCAUCAGGGGUGCGAGAAACGCAGGAUUUCCUGUGGUAUCGCUGAACUGGACACAUCCAAGUUUUCGUUCGCAGAAGUACCCUAGCCCAUUUUAACCUCCAUCGAUUUAAUGUCUUAAUCAAAACCUUCUCAUCGGUACGUACCCUAGACUACACCUCGACGUAGUUAGUCUGAAAGAAGUCAUCAAAGAUGUCCGAAGCCACAGUGGCCGACACUCGCCGGUUAAACUCUAAACCGCAGGACCUGACGGAUGCCUACGGCCCUCCCAGCAACUUUCUGGAAAUCGAUGUGUACGACCCGCAGACUAUAGGAGUCGGCCGCAAUCGCUUCACCACUUACGAAGUCCGGAUGAAGACAAAUCUUCCCAUUUUUAAACUGAAGGAGUCGUGUGUUAGACGAAGAUACAGCGACUUCGAGUGGCUGAAGAAUGAGCUGGAAAGAGACAGCAAGAUUGUUGUGCCUCCAUUGCCUGGAAAGGCAUUGAAGAGACAGCUUCCCUUCCGUGGAGAUGAGGGCAUUUUUGAGGAGUCCUUUAUUGAGGAGAGACGAUCUGGGCUUGAACAGUUCAUUAACAGAAUUGCAGGUCAUCCUUUGGCCCAGAACGAACGCUGUCUUCACAUGUUCCUGCAGGAUGAAAGUAUUGACCGGAACUACAUUCCCGGAAAAGUACGGCAGUAGGGCUUUCCAAACUGGGACGAGGGAGGGUCUUCUUUCUUCGGUUGUCAGCUUGUAUUUCCAUUCAUCUGCAAACAAAGUGCAGAGUAACAUUUAUUUUUACACCGAGCUAAAUCUAGAUAUCUGAUGAACCGUGCAGGACUUGGUUUUAUUUAAAAGAUCAUGUUUUGUACAUGUGUCUGAGAGUUACUCUUUACACACACAAUGUAUUUCUUUUACAUCUAUACAGUGUACUUGUUAGUGAGUGUGUGUGUGUACAUUAUGUAACUAUACAUUAGGCUGAAGCACUGUAAAUCAAAGAGGGUUGGCUCAUAUCUUUGUCCUCUCUGGCGUCUGUUGAAAGAACAUAUGCUUUUCAAGUUCAAGAGUUGAGGUGCAUUGCAUGUCAUUCCAAACGGCGCAAAUGCUUAACAAAACAUUUAGGGAGCAAUGCUGGAUUUGCAGUGGAUUAGAAAAAUAGUCAUAAAUGUAAAGUGUUACACUGUUUGUCAAAGAAGCAAGCUGAAAAAAAUGUUCUGGGCUGUGUUUCAGACAUAUAUUUGGAAGUCGUACAUGUUUUUGUAGUCGUGUAACCAUCAGCAAGACAGUAAAAUUCUAGCCAGUAUUCAUAAUCACAAGUGGAAGUUGUAUGUAAUGUUGCUUGUUGCUCCCUUAACUAUGGAAGCUUGUUUCCACCCAAAAAAAGGUAAUUGCAACUUUUUCUCAUAAUUCAGAUAUUUUUUCUUGUCAUUCUUAGUUUAUAUCAUAAUUCUGCCUUUCUCCAGAUUCGGAGGGGAAAAAGUCAUAAUUGUGACGUGAAGUCAGAAUUUUAGAUGCUAACUCACAUUUCUAAGAUGAAAAUUCAGAAUUGUGAGAGAAACUGGCAAUUGCAAUGACAGUUGCAAAAAAAAAGAUUUGUGAGGGAGGAAAAGUUGUAUCCUUUUUUACAUUUUUAUUUUGCGACAAACAUUGUGAGUUGUAAACUCAGAAAUUAGAA